AUUACUGUUUUUCUUUUUUUUUUCAGUUGUUGGAGAAAACAGUAAAGAAAGUGUGAUUCAGUGUCGGGUGAAACCUGUGUUCCUUCAACUAGCGAAUGGGAAUUGUACUAAUUUGUUGUGGAAGAAGGACAGCCAAAAGUUGGCGAUGUUUAAAAAUGGAAGGUUUAUGCCUUAUUUUGGUUUUGAAAACAGAGCAGAGGUGUUUCCCAAUGGGACCCUCAAGCUGGCCAUGAUUAAUAACAAUGACACUGGACUUUACCUGCUGGAGGUGUUUAAUAAGGAAGGGAUAAAUAUACUCAAGGAAAGCAUCCAUCUGCACACACAAGUCUCCCAGCCUGAGGAAAACUCUACCUGUGUGAUGCCUGGUGAAGCAGCACUGGUCUGCGCAGUAGAGGAGGGGGACAGUGUAUAUUUCCACUGGAAUGAAGUGCCAAGUAAAAACACAAAUGAUCAGGAAACUGUUCUUAUACAUCUUAUCUGCACUGUUGCUGUUGAGAAAAGGAGUCGCUCAGCAGGUCGAGUAGCAACAGUGGUAUGUCUUGCUGGAGCUUUCGUGAUAAUCAUUUUCAUGCUUAUAUUAAAAGAACUAAAAACCAUAAACCAAAAUAAAGGGCAAUAUAUGGUAUGGAAUAAUACCAGAAGGGAAGAAAUGAAGAGCUACACCGAGGAGCAGAGUCCCCCGUCCACCAAGGCCACAGAACUGGAAGAAAAAGAGUAUGUCGAUAUGAGACAGACCAGGGCCAUGGCGGCGCUGGAUAUAUCGAACACAUCAGAAAAAGAGUAUGUCGAUAUGAGAGAGACCAGGGCCAUGGCGGCGCUGGAUAUAUCGAACACAUCAGAAAAAGAGUAUGUCGAUAUGAGAGAGACCAGGGCCAUGGCGGCGCUGGAUAUAUCGAACACAUCAGAAAAAGGCAAGUUGCUGUACCACUGA